AGUUUGGGGCUGGAUCAUUUCUGUUACAUCAAUUCUCAAUGCUGGUGAAUGCGAUUCUUGUUAAGUUUGGGCUUAGUGAAGAGAUGCACAACCCGGUUGCCAUAUUUGCAUUGGUGGGAAUUGUCCUUGCAGGAGCUGCUUUAGGGUAUUGGAUUGUGAGGAAAUUUGUCAUCUCAAAAGAUGGAAAUGUUGAUGCUAGUGUGUCCCAAUUUGUGAAAUGGGCAAUGCGAGUAAUUGCAACCACCUUUAUUUUACAGGGCACUCUAGACACUCCUUUAGCUGUUGGGACCUUGAUUUCUUGUUUCACCAUCUCUUUUCUCAUUACUUCAGCAAGGAGGCGCUGUCAACUGCAUCAAUCAUAUUCUAAAAAGAAGAGCCCAAAACAGUCAACAUCAAGGAAUGGCCAUGCUGAAUUUCUUAGCAGGCCACUGAAAAUGAGCCCUAGAAGCGACAUGUGGAAUAGUUCAAGGAGUUCACCUGCAUGGUAUAACUCUCCUGUUAGAGGUGUGGUUUCUCCUUCUGUUGGGAAAGGGGCAGUAAGUCCAUAUGAUUACUACUCAACCUUCCACAAGACACCAAACCGAAAGAGGUUCACAAAGGAAGAUUGGGAAGAUUUUACUCAGGAAUCAACCCGAGAAGCUGUAGCAGGGUUGGUAACAUCUCCAGAAUUCACGGAUUGGAUUAUUGAGCAUGCGGACCGCAUACACAUCCACCCAGACGAGAGUUCGGAUGAAGCAGAAGCAAGUGAAUCUGAUUCUAUAGACGAGAUUACUCUGCAGGAUGGCAAUUGGUUUGCCUUUUUCAGUUGGUAGCAGCUGAAGCGAAAGAAAUAGCAAUUCCAGAAUGCAGUUUUCACUGACAUUCAAACAAACAUUAGAAUGGGAAAUAUGAUGCUUGAUAGAUGCUGACUCAAAGUUAGGCAAAAGUCAACUAGGUCCACUCCUUUUUCCUUAGCACAGAUAGCGUGGCAGUUUCUAGUUUGCUGGAAUCUUUGCUCUGUAAUUUUACAUGAUUUAAGUGUAAGCUGUCUUUCUCUAGAUCUGAUGUUAAUAUUUGUUUGCAUCCAGAAAUCAAAUUAGGAGCAGAAAUCACAUUAAACUCUUUUGGUC